GCACGCCACUGUUCGCACAAAGACGAGUGUCUGUCUGCUUGUGGAGUUCCAACCUAACUUAUCUCACGUCCAAACUAGUUUCUUUUUCAAUUAGCUGGCGUUGGUUGUCCUCUGUGUGGCAGUGUUUGCUUCAAACACUUUAUAAAGUUUUAGUUUUGCAUUUUGUAAUUUAUUUUGAUCAUGGCGUUGUCCCUUUUACGUAAGAGCCCCCUUUUAUUAUUGCGCUACGCCCCACAGACUCGACUGGUUGCACCGACACCAAGGUGUUUAACUCUGUCCAGGCUACUAAGUACUGAGCCUCCCAAAAUAAGCGAACCCAAUAAAACAGGAGAAAAACCCCUAGAUUUACCCAAGAAGAAGCCUAGCAUGGGACAGAAUAAAACACCAAUGACGUGGAAGACUCUUGGUGCUACUGUCAUUGUGUUCAGUGUAUUGUUGCAAGCCCUGUGGUACCUGAAAAAAGUCAGGAAAGAAGAAACUGACAAGAAGAAAGUGAUGAGUAUAGGGAAAGCUGCCAUUGGAGGUGGUUUCGAGUUAAUAGAUUCUGCAAGAAAGACUGUUAGUGAUAAAGAUUUUCUUGGGAAAUGGAUGCUCAUCUAUUUUGGUUUUACCCACUGCCCUGACAUUUGCCCUGAGGAGCUUGAGAAGAUGGCAGUUGUGAUAGAAAAUAUUGACAAGGCUGAAAAUGCUGACCCUAUGCAACCCUUAUUCAUCAGUGUAGAUCCAGAACGAGAUACUCCAGAAAUAAUUGCCAAGUAUACUGCUGACUUCUCUCCUAAACUUAAAGGACUGACUGGGACAGUUGACCAGGUUAAAGAUAUCUGCAAGAAAUACCGUAUUUACUACAGUGCUGGACCAAAGGAAGAUGGCGAUUACAUUGUUGAUCAUACUAUCAUCAUGUACCUCAUAAAUCCAAGUGGCGAAUUUACCCAGUAUUAUGGCCGCAACAAAACUGCUGCGGACAUUACAAGGGACAUUGUCGUUCAAAUGGGACUCUACAAUGGUAAACAUAAGUAGCACUAGUAUUAUACAGUUCUAAUUCCUAAUUCAAAAUAAGAUAUUUUUGUUGUUAGUUUGUAAAAUGUGCUUAAAUAUUCUUGUUAAACAACUCUGGCAUUUAGUACCUAAGAACUGUAGUUAGUGCAGUCUUAGUUUUAGGAAAACGUUAGUAUAAGGUAUGGUAGGUAAUGAAAGACGUCAUUUUCUCAAUUGUCUUUAUUCAAUGGCAUCAUGGAAAAUCCUUGCUUCAUCUAGCACCUUUGUAGCUGUCGUGACUCUAGAAAAACAAAUUUAAAAGGGAAAAAAACGGGAAUAAAUUAAAAUUUGACGUUUUUUGUAAGACUUUUAGGUGUUGGUCUAGUUACAUGUUUACCCACCUAUUCAUGCUGAAAAUGUGUGCUCCUGGGCAACUUGAAAGUUUCAUCAAAUCCACAACUAAAUUUAGGAAAAGGCACUUUCCAUAUUCUCUUUCUUUGUUUUCAUCUUUUAUCUGUUUCAUUGCAUCCAGAAUUUCUUUUGAAACUAAAAUGUUGCAGGUCCUGAUUAAUUUCUCAAACAUCUUGUAUGACUAUAUAGAAGUAACAAUUAUGUAUAAACAAAACCAAAUUGUGAUAAGUUAAUAUAUAAGCUUGUCUACAUUUUUUUUACCUCUAUUAAAAACAGUCCUGGAAUGAUAGGAAUUCUUAUCUCUCGAUUGUCACACUCUUGUUUGAACAAAUUAAAUUCCUCCGCAGAACUCA